GGAGGCGGCGGCGGCGGCCGGGGCGCCGCGGCCGGGGCCGGGGCCGGGGCCGCCGUCGAGCCUGACGGACAGCAGCUCGGAGGUGUCGGACUGCAGCGCCUCCGAGGAGGCCAAGCUGCUCUCGCUGGAGCUCAGCGGCAGCGACAGCGAGUCGCCGGGCAGCGCCCCGCCGGCGCCCUCGGCCGGCGAGGCCUCGCCGCUGCCCGAGGAGCCCUCGGCCGCCUCCAUGGCCAGCAGCCGCCUGCAGCUCAGCACCUCGCUCGCCUUCUCCGACCUCACCGAGGAGCUGCUGGACGCCGGCCACGACGGUCUGUUGCGCGAGCUGGAGGACCUGCGCUCCGAGAACGACUAUCUCAAGGAUGAGAUCGAGGAGCUACGCGCGGAGAUGCUGGAGAUGAGGGAUGUCUACAUGGAGGAGGAUGUCUACCAGCUGCAGGAGCUCCGGCAGCAGCUGGACCAGGCCAGCAAGACCUGCCGCAUCCUGCAGUACCGGCUGCGCAAGGCAGAACGCCGCAGCCUGCGCGUGGCGCAGACGGGGCAGGUGGACGGCGAGCUCAUCCACAGCCUCGAGCAGGACGUCAAGGUGGCCAAGGACGUCUCUGUGCGGCUGCACAACGAGCUGGAGGCAGUGGAGAAGAAGAGGAUCAGACUGGAGGAGGAGAAUGAAGACCUGCGCCAGAGGCUCAUUGAGACGGAGCUGGCCAAGCAGGUGGCGCAGAACGAGAUGGACAAGCUCAGAGAGAAUUCCUUGAAGAAAAGGGGGUCUCGUUCUGUUGGGAAGACUGAAAAGAAGCCAUCGGUGCAGGAGGACAGUGCAGACCUGAAGUGUCAGCUGCAUUUCGCAAAGGAGGAGUCGGCCCUGAUGUGCAAGAAGCUGACUAAGCUGGCCAAAGAGAACGAUAGCAUGAAGGAGGAGCUGGUUAAAUACAGAUCCUUGUACGGGGACCUUGACAGCUCCCUGUCCAUAGAGGAGCUGGCCGACUCUCCCCACUCCCGGGAGGCUGAACUCAAAGUCCAUCUGAAGCUUGUGGAGGAAGAAGCCAAUAUCUUGAGCCGGAGGAUAGUUGAACUGGAGGUUGAAAACCGUGGGUUGCGGGCAGAGAUGGAUGACAUGAAGGGCCAGGGGGACAAAGAGCUGAUCGGGCAGGACAUCCGGUUCUUGUCAUCCUCCUUGAACUGCGGGGACUCUGGGGAGAGCCUUGUGGAGCUGAGACGGCACCUGCAGUUUGUGGAGGAGGAGGCCGACCUGCUGAGGCGGUCACUGAUGGAGCUGGAGGAUCAGAACAAGCUCCUCAUGAACGAGCUGAACAAGUACAAGUCGGACCAUGACCUGGACAUCACGUUGUCAGAGGACAGCUGCUCAGUGAUCAGCGAGCCAUCCCAGGAGGAGCUGGCCACGGCCAAGGUGCAGAUCAGUGAACUGAGCGGCAAGGUGAAGAAGCUUCAGUAUGAGAACCGCGUGCUGCUUUCCAACCUCCAGCGCUGUGACCUAGCCUCCUGCCAGACCACCAGACCCAUGCUGGAGACUGAUGCCGAGGCUGGAGACUCUGCACAGUGUGUUCCCACUGAGCUCUGGAGGGAUGGGCCCAUUGGCGGGGAGAACGAUACCCAGGAAAGGGCACCUGGCAGCGGGAAGGCUCCAGACAGCAGCCCCACCAAGCUGCUCAAGUCCAAGGACUUUGAGACCCUUCUGGGCAUCCGGGAUCAAGCAGCGGUUGUCAGCAAAGCGAUUGAUGUCUUGAUUUCGGACGCUAAUGGCUUCACGUCCAACCUCAAGUUGUACCUGGACAAUGAGUGUGUGGGUGGGAUGCUGAGUGAGACGGUGGAUAACAGCAGUGAGAGCCCCAGCGACUCCAAGCUGAUGAACGUUCUCAUUAUGAGGCUUGGUGUCCUGCAGCAAGACCUGGGCUGCUUCAUGAGGAAGGUGGAUCACCUCGCUGACUGCCUUAAAGAGCAGACAGACUCUUUCCCCUUCUCCGGCCCUAGCAGCCAGGACUCCACCAAAGAGGCACUGCAGAAGGAGCACAGCUCCGACUUCCAGCAGCCUGAUUUUAGGGACACCGACCCUUACCGCAUCACCCACACCAAGGACAUGGACCCCAGUGCCACACAUCCCCGGAGCUACAAAACCUGCCGACCUGAUGAGAAUGACUCCUAUGCCACCGAGAUGAAGGAGCUACAAUUGGUGCUGGCGGAAGCCAAUGAGAGCCUGCGGGGCAUGCAGGAGCAACUCUCUCAGGAGCGGCAGCUGAGGAAGGACGAGGUGGAAGACUUCUCCCAGAAAAUCUGCCAGCUGAAGGAAGACCAUCAGAAAGCUCUCCUGAGGCGAGAGUUUGAGCUGCAGAGCCUGAACCUUCAGAGGCGGCUGGAGCAGAAGUUCUGGAGCCAGGAGAAGAACCUCCUGGUGCAGGAGUCACAGCAGUUCAAGCAGAACUUCCUCCUGCUCUUCAUGAAGCUCAAGUGGUUCCUAAAGCGCUGGCGCCAGGGCAAGACUGUGCACAGCGAGGGCGAUGACUUCCUGGAGGUGAACAGCAUGAAGGAGCUGUACCUGCUGAUCGAGGAGGAAGAGCUCGCCCCGCAGCAGCAAGCGGAUAACAAGACGUGCGCCAGAGACGCCUGGACCCCCAACACGCCCAACGAGUGCGUCAAGACGCUCGCGGACAUGAAGGUGAUCCUGAAGGAGCUGUGCACGGAGCUGCGCGAGGAGCGCCGGGGCGCCAACGAGCUGCAGCAGCAGUUCACCAAGGCCAAGGCCGCCUGGGAGAUGGAGCGCGCCGAGCUCAAGUGUCACAUCGCCCAACUGGAGUCAAAGGCAGGCAAAGGGAUUGCAGAGCGAGCGCUGCCGGACUGGAAGGUGGCGUUGAAGAGGGAGCGAGAGGAGCACCAGCAUCUCCUGGCUGAGUCCUACAGCGCUGUCAUGGACCUCACCAAGCAGCUCCAGAUCAGUGAGAAAAACUGGAACCAGGAGAAGGUGGAGCUGCUGGCCCGGUUCAAGGAAGAGCAACAGCAGGCAGAGCAGCAAGCUAAGGACCUGCAGAACAAAAUCAACCAGUUGCAGAAAGGAGCCAACCCGUGGGCUUUGAAGCACUCUGAAAUGGAGAAGCAUGGCAGCAACUGGAAAGAGGCUCUCAAUGAAAAAAUCACAGACAAAGAGACAAUCUCUGAAGCAGAAGCCAAGGGAACCAACUUAAAAAGGACAAAGUCUGUUUCCUCCAUGUCAGAGUUUGAAAGCUUGCUCGACUGUUCUCCCUAUCUCCCGGGAAAGACCACUCCAGGGCUAGUCGACCAUUCCCGAGGCAAAAAGGCAUCUCCAGCUGCACAGCUGCUGCCCAACAGCAUCCGGGACAGCGCUGGCAUUCCUCCCCCAAACUGUACAUAUGUGAAUAUUGAGCAACCUGCCCCCGACAGCCUGGCCAAAGAGAAGCUGGGCAUCUCCUCUUGGGACUACUCCCGGGCAAGCAACCUCUCUGGGCAUGACCCAUCCCAGAAGCAAAUGCAGAGGAGCUACACGGCACCUGACAAGACGGGCAUCCGUAUCUACUACAGCCCCCCUGUGGUCCGAAGGCUGGAGGCACCUCUGGUCCACAACAAGGAGGGGAAGAUUAUGAUUGAACCUGGUUUCUUGUUUACAAUGGCCAAGCCGAAAGAGCCAGAGGAGUCAGACAGCGCCGAGAACACUUACAGCCAGUGGCUGUGCAACUUCUCCAAGCAGCACCGAGAGCUGCUGGACAGUGGCGCCGUGGAGAGCACAGUGUCCCCUGUUCCCCGGUUCCCAUCCUCCCUGCAUGACCUGGAGAUCUCUGGCAACAUGAGCGAUGACAUGAAGGAGAUCACCAACUGCGUGCGGCAGGCCAUCCGCUCGAGCUCACUGGAGAGGAAGGUGAAAAGCACUUCCAGCCAAACAGUGGGGCUGGCAAACGUGGGGACCCAGACCAUCCAGACGGUGAGUGUUGGCCUGCAGACGGACCUGCCCCGGAGCAGCAUGCACAGCAAGAGCUGGUCCCCACGCAGCUCCUCCCUCAUGUCUGUGCGCAGCAAGCAGAUCUCGUCCUCUCUGGAUAAGGUCCACUCCAGGAUUGAGCGGCCAUGCUGUUCCCCAAAAUACGGUUCCCCAAAACUCCAGAGAAGGUCUUCCUCCAAGCUGGAUGCCACCAAGGACAGGAGCCUCUGGAACCUCCACCAGAGCAAGCAAAAUGGGUCUGCAUGGGCUCGGUCCACAACGACUAGGGAUAGCCCCGUCCUCAGCAACAUCAACGAUGGCUUGUCCAGCUUGUUCAGCGUGGUGGAGCACUCCGGCAGCACAGAGUCCAUCUGGAAACCAGGCUGCCCGGAAAGCAGGACCAAGCCUGAACCCCCCAAGUAUGGCAUUGUGCAGGAGUUCUUCAGGAAUGUCUGUGGGAGGGCGCAGAGCCCCACGGCCACUGCAGAGAAGAAAGAGACCAACAAUGAGGAGGGCAACAAGAAACCAGAACACCCCAUUGCUGCCACCUACCACCAGGCCGAAAACAUCUCCCGCAUCUUGAACAAGAAAGUCCUCAAGCAAAACAGCUGUGAGGACCCAAAGCCAUUGUCUCCAGGCCAAGGGAGUAAGGACACAACCCCACGGGACCCAGACCUCAUCUCGGCUAUAGCCAGCGAGGACACAGCGUGUGACUGCAGCUCCCAGUCCCUCACCUCGUGCUUCUCCCGGCCAUCCCGCUCCGCUGUCCGCCACUCGCCCUCCAAGUGCAAACUACACCCCUCCGAGCCCAGCAGGGCCGAGGAGAAGCUGGGGCCCUCCAGUGAGUGAGGGCGGAGGGACCGGGCUACGCAGUGCGUCUGCUUCCCGCUGUCCUGCCCGCAGAGCGCCCUUCCCGACUGCCGCUGCCGCCCGGGCACCGGCCGCGGCCCGAGAGCCCGCGCGCGGCCCCGCGGCCCCUCUCAGAGACAGGGGCGCCCACAUCUGUCUCCUAACUGUUCCCUCGCCCGCGGGGAUGCUUAAGAAGCAGAUGUCGCGCUCUGGCGAGCCGGGCGACGGAGGCUCCCGGGCGCGGAGGGCUGUCGCGCCGGGGGAGCCGCUCGGGCUGAGGAGCCGCGCGGCGAGGCUCGCCGCUCCCGCCGGGGAGCGCGCGGGCAGCGGGGGAGAGCCGGCCCCGGGGCGCUGCGCCUCGGGGCCUCUGCCCGGGUGAGCGUGAGCCGUUCCCGGGUGCCGGCUGCGGGCUCCCGGGGAAGAGCCGCCCCGGAGCAGCCUGCGGAAAGCCAGCUGAGAACCCACCGCGCCGAGGACUCCCUAGCCCUGGCCCGCGGCUCGCGAGGGCCCCGCGGAGGGGGAGCAAACGGGGGCGGCUGUGCGAGAAAACGCCGCCGUGACACUGCUAACGUAGGUAGCGGCAGGGCCGGUGGGAAAAGCCCUGCGGGGCCUGCUGUAUAAAGUGGAUGGAUGUCCGUGCGAUGCCGCUGUCUGUGUCGCCUCCCGGGCCGGGCAGCGCGGCUGCGGGGGCGGAGGGCGCUGGCUCCACGCUCCGCCGGCUGCAGGCAGCGCCGGCUGCAGCCCCCGGCGCGUCCCUGCCCGGCCGCGAUUGCCGCGCGGUUGCAUCAGCCCGCUGCCGCUUGCCGCACGUGCUUCCUCGGGCCGGAAGGAGCAGCGGGGAGGAUCCCCAAGAUCACCCGGAGGCCGGGCUCCGUCCCGUCUCCUCCCCGGCCGGCGUCCUGCUCCAGCCGUGGCCUGGCCGGCUGGGGGGCUGCGGUCAUCCUUCCCUGCCGGGGCAGCCCCCGGCUCCUCCGGCUCCAGCCCCAGAGAGCCGGCAGCGCCGGGGCAGGACGAGGCCAGAGCUCGGCUGGGGCAGGAGUGACAGCCGCUGGGUGCACGGGACGGGGCGCAUGUGUGCGUGCCUGUGUGCGUGUGUGCACAUCUGCACAGCUCGGGAGGGAGAUCUGCGUGCGUGUGCUCACCACCCCGCCGUGCCAGCGCAGGGCUGGCACGCGCUCGCCCUGCCUGUGCACUGUAGCUCCCGCGCAGUGUUUCGGCAUGCCCUCCGGGCUGCUCGCCUCCAUGGGCUGUUACCCAGCUCCCGGGGCGCGUGCCGUGGCUAGCAGAGGCGUUCGUGCACGGUGCGGACGAGAGCUGGCCGGGGCUGGCCCGGGCGCGCACCGGGGUCCGCUCUACUGGGAGCAGCAGGGCACCCACCUCCCUUCCUGGAGCCACUUUUAAUUACUUGCCCAUCCAAGUGCUGCAGAUACGUAUUCCUCCCCUCUUUUCCCCUGUUUUUGGCCGUGCCCAUCUCCAGACAGCCUGCAAUGUAAAGCUAAGUGCAUUUUAAAAAUAACAAAAAGGAGCUAAAUUGGAGAAACCAAUUGGAUUAAGAGAUUACAGGCUGGGAGGCUGCAGCUUCAACCGCAGUCUCUGCCAUGCAGCGUUUGGUAGCCACGAAAAACAAGCCUUACGGAGGGAGAGCCAGGAAGGGAGGAGGCGCAGCCCCCGCGGCGGUGCAGGGCUCGCCAUCUGGAAACAACACACAGCUGUGAAAGGUGCUAGUGAAGCCCCGUUACCUGCCUGCAGCUCACCCAGCUGCUUCCCCUGCUCCGUUUCGGAGGGGUGCAAGGCACCUGGCAGCAGCAUUGGACCUGGGGAAGGCCAAGCCCGCGGGGCUUGCAGUGGGACGGCUUGCUCUGGGGGGCUCUGGGCAUUGCUGUCAUUGCAUCUUGCAGCUUCGCUUCAGGAGCGAUCUUGCUGCUGAAGCUGCUGCCCCCUCCCGUCCGGCUGCACCGUGCCCGCAGCAGGCAGGCUGCACGCGAGCACCGCUGCCACGUCGCAGCCUCCGUCAGCGUCGCAGCGACGGCCGGUCGCUGCCGGGGGCUCGGGACGCGGCGGCGCUGGCCGGCGCCCGGCGGGCUCAGCACAAACUUGCCUUUUCCUCCGGCGGGCGCCUGGCCGACCCGGCGAGCCCCCGGGCGCGCGGGCCACG